AUGUCCUCUCCAAAGGACUGUAAUCUCACAUCCUCGCACGAGUACGACUGCGAUGUUUGCGGCAGCGACAUCUCCGAAAGCGACGGAAUACUGGCUUGUGGAGAGCACUUCUAUUGUAACGACUGCGCGGUAGAAACCUUCCAUCGCUCACUGAAAAACAUCAACGAGUUCCCAGCAUCAUGUUGCUCGAAGUCUCGGAAUGGGUUAGCGCCCUCCCUAUUCGCUGAGCUCCUUGGUCCGGAGUUCAUGGAGAAAUACCGUCUCAAGCUGCACGAGCACUACACCCCAACGGCCGUACGAGUGUACUGUGCCAAUCCCAGUUGCGCUGAAUACAAGCACCCCAAAUCCUGGGACAACACACAUCGGUACUACACGCUCGCACGAUGUGCGUGUGGCACGACGACCUGCGUCGGCUGUAGGAAGGAAUGGGCUCAAGACCAUGUUUGCCGAUGCUCGGAUCUCCACGACGUGAAACCCGCCUGGGUCCCUCCCUACUCCUCUUCCUCUCGCAUCAAACAAUGCCCCAAGUGCCACGAGUGGAUCGAGCUGGCGGAAGCAUGUAAUCACAUGAUAUGCACUUCAUGUAAGUACGAGUUCUGCUUCGUCUGCCAGCAGCGCUGGCGCGGCUUUCAUGAUCGGGACGGCUGCCCUUCUUACGGUGAUCCGCUAGAGGGAUACGAUGCUGAGGGCUUCGAGCAGACAGAGCGCGGGCUGCAUGUUUACUCUGGCCGUGAUCGAGGCGGCUAUGAUCUCCAUGGCCUGAAUGCCUUU